AUGAAGGAUCUGAAGUAUAGUUCUUAUUGUAAAGUCGAUAAAUCCCUCCUUGUUGGGGGUAAAGUAGAUACAGUACUGAAACGAAUCUCCUCAGAUGACGAUAUUGAUGGAGAUAAUGACGUAUUGUUAGGACAGCAAGCAAUCUUCACCGAGCAACCUGGUCUUGAUAUGAUAAGUGACUUCCAGGAUGUCUUAUCACACAACCAAUGUAUUGUUAACACUAACGGAGACGAAGUUUAUUUUACUGAUGCUGUACCUUAUAUAAGAACAUCAGCACAUCCUAUGGAAGAUGUAACAUCUAUAGUAUUUUGGCAUAAAGAAAAUGCCGUGUCUGUUCAGGUUGAUAUAUAUGAUGUUCCAGAUAUUAAAUCAAGUAAAUAUCCUAAUGGAUUGCAUCACGACACCUCGGAAAUUAAUUUAGGAAGUAACACAGAACGUAAUAGGCUGAUCCGAUUAACCUUAUUUGGUAAAGCGGUACAUAGAUAUGAUACAAUCAUGUUCUCUAAAAUGCGUGAACUUAUUCAGGAUUAUAUCGUCUUUGUCAAGAACCAACCUCCUGAAACUAGAAAAUGUCUUAUGAUUGGUAUUAAUGUUAACGAAGCAUUAAAUACCAAUGAUGAUUUUGAUAUGACAUUAAAAAUCUAUUGGGAUGCUGAGAAUAUCUGUAUGUGGCCUAAAUGCAUUAGAAAGGAUGGUAUUUGUUAUAUUAUAUCUCAAAAAACAUUAGGAUUAGAAGAUAUAGAAAGUCAAAUAAUCAUCAAACCGCGGGAAGAUGAUCAUAUUAGGAAAGCUAUAUAUGAUGCUGCAAUAAAUGCCUCAAUUACUCAGAUCAUACACAAUUAUUAUCCACAAUCCAGCAUCGCUCUUCAGAUGGCAGAACACGCUAAAUGGGGUAUGUCGAUUGCUAUCUCACUUGUGUUAGAAACGUGCGGAAUCGAGGUUAGGGAAAAACCUUUUGAGAUGAUAAAUAUCGUUAUACCAGAUCAAGUAUACAAGCUUAAAACAACAUUAAUAGGUAAAGGAGAUGGUGUACCUAUGAUGAAUUCAAAAGCUUGGAAUGUUAUGUUUCCACCGGAUAGUUUAAAGGGCAUAUCAAAAAGCCCGAUGGCUGUUGCCAACAGUAUAGUUUACAAUAAUAUAGUAUAUGGUAAUGAGUUGGGUAGACUAAUGGGACCAACAGAUAAUUUGUUUCUAUACGAUUAUGCGGUCGAAAGCAGAGAGAACAUCAACACAUGGUUUUCUGGUGCCAGAAAUAAGAUAGGAUUCCUAUUCAAAUAUAUGACACCAUUACAGGCAACAAGUACAUUGGGGAAUGUCAUGGCUUAUGAGGUGAUUAAAGCCAAAUGUAGAGUAGAAGAAGCAAGCAGACGCUACUCUCAGAUAAAUAAAAAAAUGGCUGUGUGGAAGGAUUGGAGAGCAAUGUUACAUUACAGAGUUGUCGAUGCUGCUUUUCUUAAGAUAGUUCCGUAUACAAUGUUGACUGUUGAUGAAAUGGAUGCCAUCGGAUUUGCUACGGUGAUACAUGACUUGGUUGAUUUUGGAUAUGACUUAAGUGUCAAGGAAUCAAGCAAUACAUUCUUAACUAUAACGGGUGGUAAGAUAGACUUGGAUUCUGUAAAGGAAGGAUAUAUUCGAAUGGCAAAUGGGCUACAAUAUGUCAUUGAAAGAUACAAAUAUGAUGCAUGUGGAUUGACAUUCCUAUCUACACACUUCUGGCAAAUGGCUAAUGGACGUCAUCGAAUUAUUCCAUCAAUCUAUAAUGGUGAAACUAACUAUCAACAUGAGUAUUUGGAAUUGAAAGGAACAUUGUUGGAUGCAUUGCAAAAUAAUAAUGUUACUAAGAAAGAUAGCAUCGAUGCAUUGGAAGCCGCAGAUAACAUUAGAGUUGCUGCUUCAACAUUAGGAUAUGAUGCUAUAGCAAUGGCAAAACUUGUCACUGUAGAUAUUGCUGGUAGUUACACUGGCGAUAUUGAAAUGUCUCUCGAAGCCAUUAAUGUGAUUGAACGUAAAAUGUGUGAAUUAACAGUAUCCCUUUCAAUAGGAUGCGAUGCCGAUGGCAAGAUGGUAUCCUUUCUAUGGAUGAUAUGCGAGUAUAUGUGGUUAAAAACAGGAAUGAUGUUGUCUUGUUUGCUUGGCACAUUAAAAAUUAUGCAUAACAGACGACAGUCAGAUGAUAGAGGUGGAUUGCAAUACAAAUG